CGGGCAUAGUGAAGAGGUCCCAAGUCAAGUUCAAACAAGCAUCGACCGACUGCUGCGUUGGCUGCCUCCAGAGCAUGGACAGAGUGCCUGACUCCCAGGGUCAGGCCCUGGAGCUGCUGCAGAAAUGCCGGCUGGAUGCCGAGAGCUUCCUGUCUCCAGCGCACCUGAGGAUGGGUGAGAUCGAGGACCGCCUGGCCCGGGUGCAGGCGGCAUCAGGCAGGUGGCAGGAAGCAGCCGGGCACCUGCGCAGGAGCAUCCAGGCCGUGGAGGCCCAUUUUGGGCCCGCCAGCAUCGAAGCCGGCCAGGAACUCUUCAAACUGGCCCAGGUCCUCUUCAACGGGCGCUUGGCCCCCGAAGCCCUGCGGGCCACCCAGAGGGCGGAGGCGGUUCUGUGGGUGCACCUGGGCACAGAGAGCCCUCAGCUGCAGGAGCUGCGGGAGAUGAGGGCCUGCCUGGAGGGGCUGCUCCGGAACCUCCCCGCAGAGGACACCCCAAAGGGCCUGCUGUGAGGAAGGGGCUUGGAAACACCCCCCCUGCCCGCCCUCUAAGAGGCCAACGCAAGACACCCCGGACCGAGGAGCGCAGGGCGGGGGCCGAGACUGUCUGCCGGACCCAGCGGCCCCUCCGCCCACGCAGCCUUGCCAGGAUGCCAGCCCUGGAGCUCUGCCAGCCUCGCCCUUCUCCCCCCCUGCUCUCCCUCCCUCCCUCCAAGCCCCCCCACCUGCUCUGCCAUCGGCUGAGGUGGGAGAGGCGCCUUCAGGCAGAAGCUCUUUUAUUGGACCAUGGAAUCAAAACCAGCUGCGGGACACAAUCAAGGACCCCCAAC